CCGUGCGCUCCCAUUGAAGGCGAACCAGAGUGACGCGCGGCGGGCUGUGUGGACGCUCCGUGGACGCACAACUUUUUUUUUUGCAUCCCACCGAAACACGCACGCACGCACACACGCGCGCGCGCGCACGCCGCUGGCUGACGCGCACCUUUGUGGAGUACGGUGCCAUGUGAGGAGGGGCGACAGGAGGAGGAGGAGGGGGGUCACCGCGCUUCUUGGAUAUUGCUCCCGUUACAUUUGGAUAACGUUUUCUGGAGGAGAGGAACUAAGAGUGGGCAUUUUGAAGGAUUACAACCCCCCUGCUUCCUUUUUCUUCGACUUUUAUUGAAUUGCUUCUUUGGGAAUUGGGAUUGCACUGUAGGUGUCACUUUAGCUGCGGAAGGAUGGCAGCUUGGGUCACCUUCGCCCUUGCCUUCAGCACCAUGACACAGGUGUUUGCCUCAGGCGUUUUUGAGCUGCACCUUCACGACUUUAAGAACCACAGGGGCCUGCUGGCCAACGGGCUGCCGUGCAAGCCAAGCUGCAGAACUUACUUCCGGGUGUGCCUGAAAAACUACCAGGUGGUGGUCUCGCCAGGAGAAUGCAUUUUCGGCAGCGCCCGGACGCCGGUGCUGGGUUCCGUGCUGCCCGGUCCCAUCCAGAUCCCCUUCAACUAUGGGUGGCCGGGAUCAUUUUCAUUAAUAAUUGAAGCCUGGCACGCUCCUCAUGGAAAUCUACCUGUAGACGCCAACAACUCGGACUUUCUAAUAAGCUUCUUCGCCAUCCAAAGACAACUGAGCGUGGGCAGCGACUGGGCUCAGGACACGCAGACCAGCGAGCAGACGGAGCUCAAGUAUUCCUACCGCUUCGUCUGCAACAAAAGUUACUACGGCGAGAGUUGCUCCAAGAAAUGCACGCCCCGGGACGACCGCUUUGGACACUACACCUGCACCAGGGAUGGACAGUUGUCCUGCCUGGCCGGCUGGAAGGGGGAAUACUGCGAAGAACCCAUCUGUCUGGAAGGCUGCAGCGAGAGGAACGGCAAUUGCUCCAAACCUGGAGAGUGUGUGUGUCGAGAUGGCUGGCAGGGCACCUUCUGCGACGAGUGCAAAAAAUACCCGGCGUGCAAGCACGGCACCUGCCAGCUGCCGUGGCAGUGCAACUGUCAAGAGGGUUGGGGAGGCCUAUUCUGUGACCAAGAUCUCAACUUUUGCACGCAUCAUCAUCCCUGCGUGAAUGGCGCCACUUGCAUGAACACGGGCCAGGGCAGCUACACGUGCACAUGCAUGCCGGGCUUCACCGGCGUCGACUGCGAGCUGGAGAUGCAGGAGUGCGACAGCAACCCCUGCCGGAACGGAGGAAUAUGCACCAAUCUGGAGAACGGUUACGUGUGCUCGUGUCCGGAGGGUUUCGAGGGCUCCCACUGCGAGCACAGCCUCCUGACGUGCGUGGAUUCCCCGUGCUUCCACGGUGGCAAGUGCUGGGAGAAGGACAACGGGCGGAGCUACAUGUGCGAGUGUCCCAGCGGCUACACCGGCCUCAACUGCGAGAAGAGAGUGGACAAGUGCACCACGCUUCCCUGCGCUAAUGGAGGCCAGUGCCUGAUCCACGGUGGUACCCGGGUAUGCAGUUGCCGCGCGGGAUUUACGGGCCAGCACUGCGAAAUCAACAUCAACGAGUGCGCCGGGAACCCGUGCGUCAAUGGCGGGACCUGCCUGGACCGGAUCAACGACUACACCUGCGCCUGCCCCCCGGGGUACAGUGGACGCAACUGCGACAAGGUCCUCAACGACUGUCCUCUCCAUCCUUGCCUCAACGGCGGCGUCUGCGCCAGUAAGACCCCGGCGACCUGCGUGUGCCCGCCUGGCUUCACGGGACACAGCUGCGAGUUCUUCGCCGCUGUGACUUCACAAGUCGGGGAGGCUCAAGAUGGCUUCCAGUGGGCAGCCGUCUCUCUGGCCGUGGGUCUCGUGGCGCUUCUGGUGCUGCUUUGCAUGGUGGGCUUGGCGCUGAGGCACAUCCACCGGCAGGCCCGAAGACAGCGAGAGGACACGGAGACCAUGAACAAUGUGUCCAGCGCUCAGCGGGAUAAUCUCAUAACGGCUUCGCAGCUCAAAAACACCAACCAGAAAGUCAGCCUGGAGGUGGACUGCGACUCGGAGAAGUCGAACUUUAUCCACAAAAACUAUCACUUGGACCCUUACAGCUCAAAAACGAAGGAAUUUAAAGACGACACGUCGCGAGAAGGCAAAAGUCUGAUUUAUGACAAAUGUUUAGAAGACAAAAGACCCUUGAGUAGAGUCUGCAGUGAAAAGCCGGAGUGUCGGAUAUCAACGAUAUCCUCGUCCAGAGACUCUAUGUACCAGUCGGUAUUCGUCAUAGGUGACACGAGAAGAGAGUGCGUCAUAGCGACAGAGGUUUAAAAAGGAGUGACGCAGAAGAGACCCGGCAAUACAAUCGAAGCAGAAUUGGAACAUUCUGGAUUGUUUACAAAUACCGAGAAGAGACUUUGGGGUUGUUUUUUUUCCCCCCCCGAUGCGUCAGCCGCUGCUCUUUGGAAGACUUGAAGACACGGUGGAGGAACAUUUUAACUUAUCUCCUGGACGGUUGAAAAGAAGGCGAAGGUGGAUCGCCUACCAUCCACUCGUUUUCUGGCCUUGUGUGGUAAUCACCAUGGCGACGAUGACUUACAGCCAAGCAAUCAGUGAAAGUUGCCUGAGAUUUUUUUUUUUUUUUAGCCCCGCCCACCCGGAAAACCCAUCUUGCCACCUUCGCCUUCUAUGCAAAAAUCAACAACGACAACAACAAGAAAAAAACUCAGGGUCAACACCCACAAUCCAACGUCACAAACACAGAGUAAUGAAUGUCUGAACGUCUUUGAUUUGGAGACUUACAUGCAGCCCGAAUUCACUAGAAGCCUUAAAAAAAAAAAAAGGGGGUGUUGGGGUGAGUGAGGGGUGGAACAAUUUGUGCCCCUGUCUCCUUCUUGGAUUGUUUGCACUACAAAAAAAAAAAAAAAAAAAAAAAAAGACAAACGAAGAACGUACUUU